AUGUCUGACAAUACUAUCACCGUCACUUUAACCCAGAUCGCUAAGAUGAUCGACCACUCUCUCCUUCACCCCACGAUGACCGACUCCGCCAUUCUUGCUGGUCUCCAGAUUUGCAAAGAAAGCAAUGUUGCCACGGCCUGCGUCAAGCCCUAUCUCAUUCCUCUCGCCAAGAAGGAGCUCGCUGGCUCCGACGUGAAGGUCUGCCCCGUGAUCGGAUUUCCCCACGGAAACAGCACCACCGAAAUCAAGGUCGCCGAAGCCAUCGCUGCCACCGAAGCCGGCGGUGCCGAAAUCGAUAUGGUGAUCAACAUUGGCAAGGCUCUUGGCGGCGACUGGGACUAUGUCUCCCAUGAGAUCGAUGUCAUCAAUCGCGCCGUCGUCAGCCGAGGUGCCAUUCUCAAGGUCAUCUUCGAGAAUGAUUACCUCCAAUCCGAUGAAAUCAUUCAACUUUGCAAGAUCUGCACCAGCCUCGGAGUCGCAUUUGUCAAGACCUCAACUGGCUACGGCUUUGUGAAGCAGAACGACGGCUCCUACAACUACCUCGGAGCUACGGUCAAGGACCUCAAGCUUAUGCGCGAGCACUCCGGCCCCAGUGUGCAAGUCAAGGCUGCAGGUGGUGUUCGCACCCUCGAUGAUCUGCUGCAUGUCAUGAGCUUGGGUGUCACUCGGAUUGGCGCAACAGCGACCACCGCAAUCCUCGAUGCUGCGAAGGCUCGCGGCAUCGGUGAAGAGCCAGUGACUGUUUCUUUCAAGCCAAUGGUUGAACAGGCUGGCGGCUAUUAG